AUGCAGAUUCGUUUUAACCUCACUCGACGAGAUGUCAGCAAUCUCAUCCCGUUGAGCAUGGUUGAAGAUUCGGUUGAUGACAUGUAUUUUGGCUGCAGUGACAAAAUGAUGAAGACAGUCACUCAGAAAUACCGUAAAGAACUGGUUAAGGGGCUGUAUGCAGAUGCCUUGAAGAAUGUAGACGUGGAAAAGUGUGUAGAAAAGAACCUAAAAGAGAAAGAGGAUAAGGCUCUGACCAAAAACCACAUGGAAGCAAUUUGUGCUUAUACAUCUGAUGACGUGUAUCAGGAAUUCAAUCCUGCAGUCAGGACAAACAGAAGUGUCUAUACUUCAUCGUUUCAAUUCCACAUUUUACAUUUCUUCCUGACAUCAGCCAUACAGAUCUUGAAUAAUAAGUACAAUUGUUCCACUACCUAUAGACGAACCAACGUUAUGUUUACUGGUAAUGUCAAUCAAAGAAUUCGGUUUGGUUCUUUCAGCUCCACCUCCUUUAGAAAAGACCUGCUGCCCUUUGGUAACAAGAGCUGCUUUAAAAUCACAACAUGUACAGGUGCUAAUUUAAAAAACUAUUCAGUUUAUGGUGACGAGGAAGAAGUGCUCAUUCCCCCCUACGAGGUUUUCCGUAUCACUAAAAAAUAUGAGGGUAACAGUAAACUUCCAGAGCUUAAAGACUGUGAUGUUGUCUUUGUCUUGAAAAGUGAGGGAGUUCAUAGUAGGCUCAACUGCAAAAUUGCUCAUAUUUGA